AAGAAACAUGGCGGGUCCGAUUAUGGACACUGCUUGUAUUACAUAUGAAGGGGUUUCUUUUGAACAAGAUCUAUUCCCAAGAACUAAAGAGCCAAUAUGGAUUCUUGGAAAGAAUUACUCUACCAACAAAGGAGAAGAUUCAAUUCACAUUCUAAGAGAUAUUAGGUCUAGAAUUUGGUGCACAUAUAGGAAGAAUUUCUCAGCAAUUGGAGGCACAGGGCCAACUGCUGACAGUGGCUGGGGGUGUAUGCUGCGAUGUGGACAAAUGAUUCUUGCAGAGGCUUUGAUUUACAGACAUCUCGGAAGAGACUGGCAGUGGGAGCCUGAUGACAAUAAUGUUGUUUACAUGCAGAUUUUACAGAAUUUUCUGGACAAGAAAGAUAGUUUAUAUUCUAUCCAUCAGAUAGCUCAGAUGGGUGUAUCUGAAGGCAAAUCUGUGGGGAGUUGGUUUGGACCAAACACUGUUGCACAAGUACUCAAAAAACUAAUGUGCUUUGAUGACUGGAGUUCCCUGUGUAUUCAUAUUGCCAUGGACAACACUGUUAUAAUUAAUGAUAUUAAAACUCUUUGCAAAAGAGAUUCACCAACAAAGACUCAUGGAGAAGCAACAAGCUGCAGCCGUACAUCGGCCGGGGUUGGAAGACAGAGAGGAGCAGUAGGUGGAUCAGACACAAAGGAUGGCACAAAACACAGACGACAGGGCUGGAGACCUCUUUUAUUGUUUAUACCACUUAGAUUAGGGCUGUCAGAGAUGAAUUCUGUUUAUAAUGAGCCAUUUAAGGCUUGUUUCACAUUUAGGCAAUCAGUGGGCGUUAUUGGAGGAAAACCCAACCAUGCGUAUUACUUUAUAGGAUAUUACGGAAAUACUCUAUUGUAUCUCGACCCCCACACGACACAACAGGCUGUGAACCCGGAGAAAUUGAGUCAAAUCCCAGAUGAGAGUUAUCACUGUGCAUAUCCGAGCAGGAUGAACAUCGCAGAUUUAGACCCAUCCAUCGCUUUGGGAUUUUUCUGCCAUUCAGAAGAAGACUUCGAUGACUUAUGUCUGCAAAUUCAUAAGCAUAUCCAUUCCGGACACAGGAGACCCAUGUUUGAGCUAGCAGCUGUCAGACCACCUCACUGGCCAUCAUUAGAAAUACCGCAGAGACCUGGUGACGAAUUGAACCGCAGCCAGCAGUCUGAUUUUACUGAGCUUUCUUACGAGUCCGACGAUACAAAGGAAUUUGAUACCGAUGGAGAAUAUGAAAUUCUGUAAACCCGCGAAUUAUAUUUGAGUAUGCAGUGGAGGAAGAUUUCUUUCUAAGUGUGUCAUUUGAUAGCUCCGAAAAUAAAAUGAUAACAUAUCUGAAGCCACAUACGCAUCGUAUUAGUGUACGUUUUAGAAGUGUUCACAGCUUACAUAUUUUGCGCCAUUUCCUUGUCAGAAACCAUGACACGUAUCAGAGAAUCAGAUAAAAUAAAGUGUAUUGAACAGCGAAAGGUGACCACAGUGAUUAACUACGGAAGAUUGUCUUUUUGCAAACCAUUGUUCACAAAGAUAGUUCCCAGCUAUCUUGGAGAAGUGAUAGAGGUAAUAAUAUGUCAGGAAAAGGAAUUUCACUUGUAAGUGCUUAACACUGACACAAACACGAUUCAGUUUAAACUCUAUAACAGUUGAAUUUUUUCUCUUUUGGUGUUUAAGUUAUAUUGCACAUCAAUUUGUGGUAUUCUGUUCACACCCGCCUCCAACCCUUAAAAGAAUUGGGAAGGGACCCUUUUCCUUUUUUUCUUUU